AUGAGUGUUAUAGACUUUCCUAAAAUCAAAUCUGUCAAGACUUUCCUGUUGGGUAAAGGUCUUGGGGGUGACUACCACAAUGUAGAGACUGGUCACUGGAUUAUCGACUCAAAAUUUGCUACUCCUAUGAGUAAGUUCGAAGACUGGCGAGGCUCUAGAACUUCCUGGGGUAUCAAUGUGUUAGGAUCUUUCUGUGUUGAGCUGGAGGCUGAAGAUGGUACUAAAGGAUUUGCUACUGGGUUCGGUGGACCUCCAGCUUGUUGGAUUGUCAAAAACCAUUUUGAGAGAUUCCUAGUAGGCGCUGACCCAAGAGAUACCAAUCUUAUUAGUGACCAAAUGUUCAGGUCUUCUAUGUUCUAUGGACGUAAAGGUUUGACUGUUGCUGCCAUUUCCGUUGUGGAUUUGGCAAUUUGGGAUUUGUUAGGAAAAGUCAGAAAUGAACCUGUUUACAAGUUAAUUGGUGGAGCCACUAAAAAGAGAAUUGAUUUCUACUGUACAGGCUCUGACCCAUCAGCCGCCAAAAGAAUGGGAUUCUGGGGUGGUAAAGUUCCUUUGCCAUAUGGCCCUGCAGAAGGUCACAUUGGCCUCCAGAAAAAUGUUGAAUUCCUGGCUGCCCACAGAGAAAGGGUUGGCCCUGACUUCCCACUGAUGGUAGACUGUUGGAUGGGAUUGGAUGUUACUUAUACAAUUGAUCUGGUGAAGGCUACUCAACACUUGAACUUGAACUGGUUCGAGGAGGUGUUGCACCCAGAUGACACUGAAGGAUAUGCUCUCUUGAAGAGGGCUUGUCCUCAACAAAAGUUCACCACAGGUGAGCACGAGUACACACGUUAUGGUUUUAGAAAGUUGAUUGAGGGCCGCAACGUUGACAUUUUACAACCAGACGUUAUGUGGAUUGGUGGUUUGACUGAGCUGCUUAAAGUUACAGCCCAGGCUAGUGCUUAUGAUAUACCAAUUGUUCCACAUGCUUCUGGUAUGUACUCAUACCACUAUGUUAUUUCUCAGCAAAAUACUCCCUUCCAAGAGUACCUUGCCAACUCCCCAGAUUCUCAAAGUGUUUUACCUGUCUUUGGUGGUCUAUUCAUCGACGAACCAGUGCCAACUGAGGGUUUCCUGAACCAAAACGUUCUUGACAAACCAGGGUUUGGUCUGACAUUGAAUCCUAAGGUUGAAUUGAUUGAGUCAGGAGAUAUUUUAUCUCCUAGCCCAGAGAAACCAUUAAAGAUUAAUGAGGACAAGAAAUAA